AAAAAUAUUUUUCACAUUUUUAACAUAUUUUUGUACAUCUUUAGAGACCUAGGUUGGACCAGGUAGGAGUCAUGUAUGAGUCAUGCUAUGGAUUUUGAACUCGGGAGCAGAACUUUCCUUUCCUGCCGAUGGGCAGACAUUAUCAUUUUCAGUGGAAAUAGAACUUUCAGUGGGUGUUCUAUUUACACACACACCUUUCUAUCCCUGAUAGUCUUCUAAACAAAACCUGUUUGUACACUUAGAGGCCAUGUCUAGACCGCAGCUGUCCUAAUUAGGUUGUGUUUAGUUUGUUUGGUGGAAAAUUAAAUCAGUGAUCCGCUAAUACAAAGUUAGUGAAUUAUAUGAGAUCAACAUUUUCUUAGCUUAUUAUGUGUUUAGUGCGUGUGUAUUUUCUGCAAACAUAAUGAACAUACCACACUAUCACAUUGUCACCUUAAGGACCAUUUCUGUAUCUUACAGGGUACAUUUCUAUCAACGCUACCUUUGGGUUCAGAUACCUCUAUUUCUCUGUGUGUGUAUAAGGAAUGUGACCGGACCUGCUGAAGAGGAUGUAAUCUGGUUUCUGCACAGUAUUCAUACAGCCUUUUAACAACAUGCAGGGGCGACCUCUGCCUGAACCGUGCUUCUCUAGUGACCUUGCAAUUCUGAGAAGCACACAUGUAGAAUGUUCUUUUCCUCUUUACUUGAUUUCUCCUGGAGAUAAAUACCAGCAUGCAAAGUUUUGAGGCAGUUUGCAUUGUGGAUAGUAUAUAGAAGAGAAAAUGGGGAAUUUAUUUUGAUUGUCAUCCUUGAAGUUAAUGUGCCUGGAAAUGGCACUCUAUUUAUUGGGAGGUUAAAGCUCUGACUAAAGACAGAAUGUUUUUUCUGCUUAUUCCCAGAUGGUGCGAACCUGCUGGCUGUACUACUUCUCAAAGUUCUUUGAGCUGCUGGACACACUUUUCUUUAUUUUGCGUAAAAAGAACAACCAGCUCACCUUCCUCCAUGUUUAUCAUCAUGCCAUUAUGCCUUUCACCUGGUGGUUUGGUGUGAAAUUUGCUGGAGGCGGACUUGGAACCUUCCACGCCCUUCUGAACUGCAUCGUCCAUGUCAUCAUGUACACCUACUAUGGCCUGUCAGCCCUUGGGCCAGCUUACCAAAAGUUCCUUUGGUGGAAGAAGCAUCUUACUUUACUCCAGCUGAUCCAGUUCGUUAUGGUCACCUGCCACAUUGGUCAGUAUUUCUUCCUGAAGGACUGUCCCUACCAGUUCCCCAUCUUCGUGUACAUAAUCGGCACCUACGGUAUGGUCUUUCUGCUGCUCUUCCUCAACUUCUGGUACCACGCCUACAGCAAGGGCAAGAGGCUCCCCAAGGUGCUGCGGGCCAAGGGGCCCGACCGCAAUGGAAAUGCGCUGCACCAUGACAAAGACGAGUAGAGGCUGGAACACACAGGCAUCUUCACACUGACAAUCUCUUGAAUCCCCCAAGGCUUUUGGUUGCACUGCACAUGAGAGGUGAAGAACUGAGGUUUAUGAGUGUACAUGCAAUGCUGCUUGUAAAUCUUGUAAAGGGACUUCUGCCAAUAUGGUAGCGUUCUACAACCCUUUCUUCUCCACAUUUUUUUGUAUAUGUAAGAUAUUUUAAUGUUUUGUAUAUUUUGUUGUAAACUUUUUUUAUACAUCCUAGCCGUCAGCGAAUUAAGCAAUUUAGCAUCUUAAACCCACUAAAACAGAAUGAUGCUUAAAAAAAAAAAAAAAAGCUAAUGUUUUAACGGUUGUUUUACUGCUCUUUAAUUUCCUCUGACAUGGAUCGACUCAUACACCCUCUGUGCUCAACAUAAAAUCAUCCCCACUGUUCUCUGAACUGAGUCACAUAGAGUUGAGGCUAACUAGACAUUUUCUUGUCUAUCUAUAUUCAAGAAAACCUUCAUUUGACAAGGUUUCUGGUGUCUCCACAGAUGUGGUGAUGUGUCAAGAGUAAGGAGGGUCACAUUUUUUUAGCCUUUCACAGGAGCUAGUGCAGCUGUCCAGUCCAGCCAAGGCUCCAGUGUUGUACCAGUCGUGAUCUUCAGGACCAUAAUGUCCUUGUCCUUAGUCCAGUCCCAUGACAUGUUUACUUAGUGCCUUAUGCCAAGGAGAAUAAGCACAGGUGUUGAAUGAUUGGAGAGCGUGAGGUUUUUGUUUUCUUUGUUUUGAGUAUUUUUUUCCACCUCACUGGAUGGGCCUUUUUUAAUAUAAUAUAUAUCUAUAUACAGUAUAUAUAGAUUUAAUUGAAUUGAAUGUGAAAAUAAAAGUUUUAUGUAUAUUUAUAAAGUCCAAAUAAAUGCUGUAAUCACUGUUA